UAUAUACGAGUAUAUAUAUACUAACUAGUAUAGUCCCCAAACUCAAUUCCGUGCGCAUCCACACUACUCCCAUUUCAACUCUCUCCUCUCCCUCUUUCUCUCUCUAUAAUAUAUAUAUAUAUAUAUAUAUAUAUAUAAAUGAUGACGACACCAGAUGAGUCCUCAGCUUUAGAACUCAUACGCCGACACCUUCUAGGAGACUUCAACUCCACAGAAUCAUUCAUCAACAGCCUCCCUCUUUGCACCUCCUCCUCCUACUUCAAACCCGUUAACUCCUCCGAAAAAUCGGGCCCUUCGCCCUCCGAGUCCGAUUCCAACUCCAACGUUUCUGACCCGAAACACACUGGAUCAUACAAUUCAGACAACGAGAUGGCAACAUCAGAUUUCACGGAAACCGAAACGACGCCCCGAACCAUCGACUUAACUACGCCGAAACCCGAACCUUUCAUUUCGGAUCAAAGCACGAACUUCGAUGUCCGCAAAUUCUCGCUGUUACAGACGUCUCCGCCGGAACAGGGUAAACCCGAUUCGCAAUACGACGGGUCGAGCCGGGUAUCGUCGGAAUCGGCCGCACCGAUGAUGAGGCAGUACAGAGGAGUUCGGAGGCGGCCGUGGGGGAAAUUUGCGGCGGAGAUCCGAGAUCCGAACCGGAAGGGCUCUCGGGUCUGGCUAGGGACGUUCGACACAGAUGUUGAUGCAGCGAGAGCGUACGACUGUGCGGCGUUCAAGAUGAGGGGAAGCAAAGCGAUACUGAACUUUCCGCUGGACGCCGGGGAGUCUGACCCACCGGUGAACACUGGCCGGAAGAAGCGGAGAGUAGACAUCGGAGUAACCUGAAUCGUGGGUGAUGGUGACGGCGUACUUAACGUCACCUACACCGUCGCCGCUAUCUUUGAUCUAGGCAGGUGUUAAAUGAUUGGCAGUUAAAUAUGGAUACUAUUGCUUGCACUACUACCAGGGGCCCAAAUUAAGGGAAGUAUAAUCCGAAAUAUUUAGGGUGAAUAUUUAUUAGUGUGUAAAGUUUUCGAUAUUUAUUUGUACCGGGAAAAAAUGUUUUCGGUAUAUAUAUAUUAUCAAGCCUGUUGUAUUGUACAUAAAAACAAUAUUGUGACUUUUGAGUUCAAUGAAGUUGCUUAAUUGCUUUUAUUAA